GUACCCUAGCAGACGGUGGAAGAAGGCAGGGAUUUCUUUCCCAAGCAAGCGACCAGCGCUAAAUGGCUAUGGGACGCCUCGAAGGGGAAUGACUGGGAGAGAGAGGGCGGCCGAGGCAGAGACUCCUGCAUGCACCCUGCCACGAGGUCCGACAUGUUCCUCCGCUCCUCUCCUGGGCGCCUGCUGUGCGGUCGAAAAAGAUCGCAGGCACACUUCAGUGCACGUUCCUGGUAUCAAAUGCUGCUGAAGCAAAGAGGCUUGGGGAAGCCAGCAGCAGAUGAUUUUAGCAGAGUAAGCAUCUUGGGGCCAGCAAAGUCACUGGACCGAGAAGAAUUGAUCAAGUUGCUGGAAGCAUCAGUGGUGCAUGCAGAUGGUACACUUGUGGCUAUCAACAAACCCCCAGGCUUGCCUGUGACAGGCAAACCAGGGGAGCUGACUCUGCUGUCUCUUCUACCAGAUCUAAGCUGGAAACUAGACCACACGGAGGAUCUCCAGGUGAUCAAAGCUGCAGGAAAGGAAAGUUCUGGACUGGUUCUGCUCUCAGGUUGUCAGAGCACUGUCCAGCAUCUCCGGGACUUCUAUAUCAAGUGUCAAAGAACAGGACGUCCAGCUGCUACCUACUAUGCUGUCACUACCAGAAUCCCGGCAGCCUCGGAAGGGGAAGUUUGCACAGGCCUCAAGCUGAAGCAGGUUGAAGAUUUUGUCCUGGUGGUGCCCAUGGCUUCCCCAUCUCGUCAGAGCUUCCAGAGGAAGGAGGUGAAAAGGACAUUGACGUGCUUCAGGGUGCUGGACUCGCAUGACGGCUGUGCCUUGUUGCAGCUGCAGCCGUUGACAGCCUUCACUGGCCAGCUCCUGGUGCAUCUGACACUGAUCCUGAGCCCGGCACUAGGGGAUCAUCUGUAUUCUUCUCGUGUGGGGACAGUCCUGGGGGAGCCCUUCCUCCUGCCUGCUGAGACUACCCUGCCUCGUGUACAGGUCCUGGGUGAGUCUUUGCUGCGCAAGCUUCACCUGCAGCAGCAGCAGGUGCACCGUUUGCCACUUCACCUCCACCUGCACCAGCUUCUCCUCCCUGGUGCCAGGUCUUCCUCUGACAAGGUGCUCACAGCUCCUCUGCCAGCCUUUUUCUCAAGGACACUUUCUUUACUGGGGCUUGCCUUGCCACAGGACCAGAGCAAGCAAUGAAAAGACAGUCAUGACAUCUUCCCUAAGAGGUGGAAGUGCUAGCCUUGAAGCCAGGAAGAGCUCUCUCUGGCAUGGAAAGGAGGCCUCUACCUGCAGAAAGGCAGGACAAAGUUGCCCCCUGCUGGCAAAAUGGUCCCAGAUUUGCUGAAGGAGGCUGUAUAAGGGAAACUUGCCAACACAGAACUCUGCUGGCAGUGUUUCAGGACUCGUUGCAGCUUCAGUUUUUAGGAACAUGGUGUGCCCUGAGCAAUAGAACCUCAAUGGACUCCUAACCACCAACCCUACAGGGUGUCGGUUGGGGUAGGGGGUGCCUUUGGCAGCAUACAUUGAUCGCCAACGUUGUGUGCAGUUCAGAGGUUAGGCUCACUUCAACUGCAAAUCCCAUUGACUUAAGUGGGAUUUAUGCAUCUCUUACAUUCUAUGGAUUACACAUUGUCUUCGUGCUUCCUGGAAGAAGCCUCAAUGGUAGAGUCCGCGUCCAUGUGUUCAGUAAGUUGCGUGCCAUAGGGGCCCCUUGGCCACAUGAGACCUUGAGCAGCAGCGAAGCUCAUCUUGACAAUGAUGCUGGCAUAUAGUCUGAUGUGAAGUCGGCCUCUUUCCUUCAUAAUACCUGCAUCUGCUGUGUGAAAGUCAUAGUCCUGAAAACUGUGCAGAGGAGAGGCUUUGAAUCUUGUUUUUUUAAUUUAAAUGUUGCUAUAAACAGUUCGUGUCUAUCCAGCAUCUUUUAUUGAAUCAAGAAUAUUUACUUAUUUUA